AUGGCAACAACUGAACAAUUUUCAUUGAGAUGGAACAACUUCCAUUCCAACAUGACUUCAGGCUUCCAUGAUCUUCUAGAAAGUGCAGAAAUGGUAGAUGUAACAUUAGCUGUAGAUGGUCAUUUUUUGCAAGCACAUAAAAUUGUACUGUCCAUAUGCAGUCCCUAUUUUAAACAAAUGUUCAAAGCCAACCCCUGCAAGCAUCCUAUUGUAAUAUUAAAAGACGUUAGGCAUGAGAACAUGAAAGAUAUUUUAGAAUUUAUGUACAUGGGGGAAGUCAGUGUAUUAAGGGAAAAUUUAACACAAUUUCUUAGAACUGCAGAGCUGCUUCAAGUAAAAGGAUUGACAGGAGAUGAUCCUGGUGAGGAUGGAUCCUCUUCCAAAGAUAACAAAGCCGAAUGUGACAAUGAUGAGGAAAAUGAAAUAUAUAAUGAACUGAUUGAAACAGAUGUAGAACUCCCUUCUUACUCACAUUCAUCUCCAACACCAAUUCCUUCCUCUCCAGCACUAACAAAACGAACAAAAAACUUGAAUAAUGCAGGUGUAAGUGGCAAACGCUCCAAGGUGUGUAUUCAUUAA